AUGGAAGGUGUUUGGAUUAUCUUGUGUUUGGCAAUUUUGAUUCAAAAUGGUAAUGGGUUACUGUGCUACCAUUGCCAUCAAACCACCAAAGAGUGUAACAGUGGAAACUUAGGAGAAAACAAUCAGAAAAAUUGCUCAGAAGACAGAUGUGCUUUGAUAAAAUAUGAAACUCCUAUGCCUGGAAGGCUGGUUGUAGCAACAAUAAGAGAUUGUGCUUUGUACACAGAACACGAACUAGUUAAAAUGGUAUCGCCAGACAUGAAAAAUCCGGCUAAAAUAAUUAUUUUUGAAGAAUGCGAAACUCAUCUUUUUUCAGCACAAGAUAUCCACAACAACACUUUCCUAUGUUACUCGUGUAAUCCAGGUUUAAACCCAAGCUCAUGUGCUAAUCCGCUUAAUGGCGUUCCAGUGCUCAACUGCACUUCGUUGGUAUCAAAUAUUACUUUGUACAGAUACAGCUGUUAUUCGUCAUAUCUAGUUUACAACAUUUCUGGACCACAAAAUCUGACUGGCAUACAUAGGGGAUGUCAUAUAUCGUCAAACAUAGCAGUGCCGAGUAAUUAUUGUUCUUCAAGUCCAGGAAUUAAUGUUACUCAUGUAGGAUGUGGGUCAUGUGGUUCUUCGUAUUGUAAUACGCAUCUUUUCAAUAAUGUUGGACAAAUCAUAGGAGGUGGAGGCGGAAGUGGAGGUGGAGGCGGAAGUGGAGGUGGAGGCGGUUCUGGAAAUCGUCCAAAUGGGUCUUCGAUUCUAUCACCGGCAAUUUUUGUUUUAGCAAUAAGUCUCAUAUUCUCUCAUGUUUAA